AUGACCACAGAGUCAAAGCCAACACCACCCAAGCGUGUUGUGCCAAGCGCACUGCGCCCGCUGCUAUGGGUUGGUAUACCUGAGAGUGUGUUAGCUUGGAAGCCAAGGCUUCCCUCUCGCAACUGGUGCAUAUUCUGGGCAUCUGUUGCAACCGUGAGUUAUUUGUACUAUGACGAUCGUAAGCAAUGCAAAAAGAUCCUAGAAGAGUACAAAGAGCGCGUCCGUGGUCUCUCUGAUGGCGUGAUGCAUCCUCAUGAGCAUCCUCGUAAAGUGCUUGUAUAUACAGCCAAGUACCCUGGCGACGACAAUUACGAUGUGAGUGCUGUGUACUUCAAGCGAUAUGUAAAGCCUAUUCUCGUGGCGGCGGCCGUUGACUACGAAAUCCUCAGCGGCACUCGCUAUGGAAAUCUUGCACGUGAGCUACGUGACCGUAUCCAUGAAAGGAGGCGUAACUUGGCUGGCCUACAGCCAUGGACAACCAACACGGCGCCUGGUACAGCUCUUCCUACUACCUUGUCGCCAGCCGAGCAUCUCCAACGCGAACUUGAUGGUGCCGUAGUGCUUGUGGGUCGGCCAGCGCUGAAAGAAUGGGCAUGGGCGCUGAAAGAGGGCUGGGGUACAUCUAUUCCUGUCAAGCCCGUGGAUUAUGACGAGCAGCUCUCUAACACUUUAAGCACCGACUCUGCUUUCGACGAAGAGGAUGUGGCUCCUGCGGCAUCAUCUGUCACACCCGACGUGCCUUUGGAUGAGGCCAAUGACGAGGAUGGUGCGCCCCUGCCCUCUUCCUCCUCCCAAAGCUUUAUGUUGCCGACGCAAGUCGGUUUGAUGUCGAUGCAAAAGGGUGCUGGUUUCUCUCCGGCAGGUAUCCAAGGCGCUCAUAUCAGCACACACGCCAAUGCGUCGACUGAGUCAGCAGCUUCUGAGCCGGAAUUGCCACCCAUGCUCCCCAUUCCGGCCCAGCCACCGUUGUGCUUCAUCGAUUUCACUAACAUGGUGGGCUGGCGUAAUAUCCCUAACCGAAUCGUGCGUUUCUUCAACCGCCGUGCAGACGUCCGACGAGGUGCAGAAGCUGGCCUUAGCAUUGUGCUGGGGUCCAAAGACGAUGCACGUGAGUUUGAGCCUGGGUCAGUGGGAGCGGUGCGUACGGAGCCACCGCAAGGCGAAGACCUUGACUGGGGCAUUGGAGAGGAGGCCUACUACCCCAAGUCGUUCGAUCGGACGAUAGAAGACAUUGAAAAAUCUCGGAAGACUUACUACGAGGACCUUAAAAAGGAGCUCAAAGCCUCGCGAGAGAUUGCUCGCGGCGAGCGUGAGCCUACCAAAGCGGAGAAGCGGCUCAUGCCGAAAACAGAGACAGAGCUUCGCCACCAGCGCUUUGAAAAGGAGAAGCAAUGGCGCAACUCUGAGCAGGGCUACCACAUUCUUAAGCCCUCAUCUGGCGUAAUAUGGGACGAAAAUUGGCGCGGUAGCCUCCGUGUGCUUCGCCCCCGUUCAGAGGAAGAGCGUGUGCCUCGGUUGGUCCGGGAAGAGGAGCCUGCGGAAGAAAAGCUUACGCCUGCUGAGGAGGUGUCGUCAUAG